AUGUUAUCAACUGACGCACAUACAGAACAAGAAGCUUUGCUUCCGCAACCAUCAUAUGGCACUGUGAAAGUAUACACUUUAUCGUUACCUCCAGCUUUUACAUAUCUAAGGAACAAUAAAAAUAAAAAGCAGAUAUUUUUAAAGUUCAAUUAUUCACUUGUCAACAAGAGCUGUUCAUCUGUCACUCAAUUUAACAAAGCAAUAAAUAACGGGCGUAUCAUAACAUCAAUAGAUUAA